GAUUAGUCUCCAAGUCACAGCCAGAAAUAAAACACUCCUCAGGCAACGAAAAAAAUUUUUUUUUUUAAUCAGAAAAACUCUCCCCCGACUCAGUCACCCCUUCCCUCCCCAGAAAAGACGAUGGCCCCAGGCCACCUGCUCGCAAAGGCGUACGCCAGCCACACGCUCUCCGCGUGGGGAGAUCGGAUGUGGACGUUCGCCAUCGGCCUCUUCCUCGUCCAGCUCACGCCGGGUUCCCUUCGACUCACCGCCGUCUACGGCAUCGUCGUCGCCUGCACCAUCCUCCUCUUCUGCUCCUCCACGGGGAACUGGGUCGACCGAGCUCCUCGUCUGAGGGCGGCCCAGGUGGCCUUGGCCGCGAACAAUCUGACGAUCGCGCUGUGCGCGGCGGGGGUCUGCCUCCUCUUCGUCUAUCGGCCGCGGUGGGAGGGGACGUGGGCGGUCGCCGUCGCGGAGACGGCGGUCAUCGCCCUGGCCGCCGUCGCGGCGCUCGCCUCCGAGACCUCCAAGAUCAUCGUCCAGAGGGACUGGGUCGUCGUCAUCGCCGGCGGCGACAAUAACCAGUUGGCCAACAUGAACGCCGUGUUCCGGACGAUCGACCAGACGACCUACGUCUUGGCCCCGACCCUCGUGGGAGCGGUGAUGAGCUUCUGGAAGCCCGCGGGAGCCGCCGUCUUCCUCGCGGCGUGGAACCUCCUCUCGGUGAUCUUCGAAUACGGGCUUCUGCGGGCCAUCUUCAGGGCCCUGCCGGAGUUGGCCCACAAGACGGCCAUCGACGACGACGCUCCCCGGUCUAUCGGCAGCGACCUUCCAGACCCUCACGAGGAAGUCCCCGCCCCGCCGACGACCGCCCCGCCGACGACCGCCCCGGCGACGACCGCCCCGCCGACGACCGCCCCGGCGACGACCGCCCCGCCGAAGCAAAUCCUCCGCAGCCUCGCCGCCUGGAAGCACUACUUCUCCCACCCCGUCUUCCCCGCCGCCUUCGGCCUCGCCGCCCUCUACAUGACCGUGCUCGGCUUCGACAGCAUCACCCAGGGCUACCUCUACUCCCAGGGCGUCGCGGAAUGGCUCGUCGGACUCCUCACGGGCGUCGGCGCCCUCACGGGCCUCCUCGGCGCCGUCGCCUUCCCCUCCGUCCGUCGACGCCUCGGCAUCGAACGCACCGGCCUCUCCGGCUUCGGCCUCGAGAGCUUUUCCCUCUGCUUCUGUGUCGCCGCCGUGUUCACGCCUGGGUCCCCCUUUCAGUGGGACUACCUCUGGGAUCCCGCUCCGUCCAACUCCACCGCCGAGCCGACUGGGAACGCGACCGCGACCGGCGCGGAAACGGGGACGAACUCGGCGAUCGCAGACGUCACGAUCUCGCUCGCUCUGUUCGUGACUGGCAUCAUCUCCGCCCGAUUCGCACUAAAAGAAAGCGACUCUCACCAAUUUUGCAUCUUCGGCCCCGGGGAAGGCCUCUGGCUGGCGGACCUCUCCGUGACGCAGAUCAUCCAGGAGAAGGUGGAGGAGGCGCGCCGCGGGAGCUUCAGCGGGGUGCAGAGCUCCAUGAACAUGGUGAUGGACCUGGUGAAGUACGGCCUGGUCGCGGGCCUCCCGGGCCCGCAGACCUUCGGCUACCUCGUCGUCGCGUCCUUCCUGUUCGUCUGUCUCGGAUGGCUGUCGUUCGGCAUCUACAGCCGCCGGCAGCGCGGCCACCUCCUGCCUCACCUCGAGAGCCUGGUGCCCUGCCUCCGCAAGGCCGAAUCGCUCCGCUACCAGCAGAUGAAGGCCGGCGGGUACGGGACCAUCCGCGUCCCGGAGGAGUCCUCCCUCGGCUCGGGCCCGGAGGAGUCCACUCCUCUUCUUUCCUGAUGUUUCCUUGUUUUUUUAUUUAUUAAUUAGUU